ACAGUGAGUGAGAGCGAGUGGCAGCUCAGCAAAAGGAAGGCGUAUUUCAUUGCCUCGUUACAAAAAGAUCCCGGAUUUCAUCUUCAGUAACUCAUUAUAUAGAAAAUUCAAAUGCUACACGAAAUUAAAACAACUUUAGCCAAGUGCAGGCAAAAUUGUGUGUGUGUGUGUGUAGCUAGAUAACAGAAUCAAAGAGAGAGAAAGGAUGAAGCAGGUGCAAGUGUUGUCCCUGUUCGUGUUUACUUUAAUUGGGAAUGUUUUGAGCGGAUCUAACCAUGUUUUUCAAGAUUUGAAAGAUAGGCAAGGAGUCCUCUCCUUCCUUGAGUACUAUGCGGCUGUCUCACCUUCUUCCUCUGUUACUGAUAAACCUCUCAUGGUCGGCCUCACUCUUAUUCAGGGAGCUGAUUCCAGUGGAGCUGUCUGUUUGGAUGGAACACUGCCCGGUUACCACUUGGAUCGUGGGUCUGGAACGGGAAAAGAUAGCUGGCUCGUUCAGUUAGAGGGAGGAGGGUGGUGCGAUACCAUUAGAAAUUGUGUUUACCGCAAAACUACUCGUCGUGGUUCAUCAAAACUUUUUGAAAAGCAAUUACCUUUCACUGGAAUAUUAAGUGAUAAAGCAGAAGAAAAUCCAGAUUUCUUUAACUGGAACAGAGUAAAGGUACGUUAUUGUGAUGGCGCAUCUUUUAGCGGGGACAGUCAGAAUGAGGCUUCACAGCUUUAUUUUCGAGGACAACGUAUCUGGUCAGCUGCAAUGGAAUAUUUAAUGGCUGAAGGAAUGCAAAAUGCCACUCAGGCUCUUCUCUCUGGAUGCUCUGCUGGGGGCUUGGCAUCCAUAAUUCAUUGUGAUGAAUUCAGGGAAUUAUUUCCACAGUCUACAAAAGUGAAAUGCUUAAGUGAUGCUGGAAUGUUUCUCAAUGCAAUGGAUAUAUCAGGUGGGCACACCCUGCAAAACUUUUAUAGUGGUGUAGUCAGCUUACAGGAAGUGCAAAAGAGUCUGCCAAGUACUUGUAUUGACCACCUAGAUCCAACUUCGUGCUUCUUUCCCCAGAAUUUGGUUGCUGCUGUAAGGACUCCACUAUUUCUUCUCAAUUCAGCCUAUGAUGUAUGGCAGCUGCGGUCCAGUUUAGCUCCACCAUCAGCUGAUCCUCAUGGUACAUGGAAAGAAUGCAGACAAAAUAAUGCACAAUGUAAUUCAUCACAGAUCCAAUUUUUGCAAGAAUUCAGGAAUCAAAUGCUGGAUGCCAUAAAAGUCUUUUCAUCAUCCAAUCAAAAUGGUUUGUUCAUAAAUUCUUGUUUUGCUCAUUGCCAAUCUGAGAGACAAGAUACAUGGUUCGCUGAUGAUUCUCCACGUAUAGGGAACAAGAGGAUUGCACAAUCUGUUGGAGACUGGUAUUUUGAUCGGGAAGAUGUUAAAGCUGUUGACUGUCCAUACCCCUGUGACAACACAUGCCAUAAUCUAGUUUUCAAUGAUGUUGUUUCAAACAUAACGUUCUCCCAGUCUACAAGGUUAACUUCAACCCCAUUAAAUCUGCUCAUCGUCUUCUUGGUGUCAUUAUGUUCUAUAAGCACUACGGGGUUUAAGUUUGUCCGGUGACAUUUGUCUUCAAAUCCAAAUCGAUAAAGACACGGUGUGUAGAUCUGUUUGCUCACAGCCAUAUGAAACCAUUGGCUCAAGGCACCAUUUUUAACGGUCAUUGCAUUUCUUAUGCUCUUGCAGCUGGUCCUGAGUUUCUUAUUGCAUUUCAAGCAGAAGAUUUUACAAGAACUUAACACUAGUUCUAGAGGUUGUCAAUUUUGAUCUGUCCGCGUUUUAUUAAAAAUUUACUGUGUCAUGGGUUCUACGUAGAUUGUUUUCCAUUUCUAUUUGAACUCAAAUUUUGCAAGCUUUUAUAUUUUCAUGGGAUAGGUAUAACAUCCUUAACUUCGUGA